UGCGGCCAGUUCGAAGAUUUCUUUAUUAUACCACUUUUUCUUUUCCUCUUGGGAAUUUGCAACCUGGGACUUGGGAAUCCUUUGCCAUCUUCUUUUCUCUCGCCUUCUUCUUCCCCCACUCUUGAGUCCUUUUAUUUAUUUUCCCUUCUCCCCGAGGACAUUGCGAGACAUGGGGAACGAAACAAUGGAACGCGUGGGCGCCUAGGGACAAGGCAGAGGAGGGACUCUUGUGGUCUCCUAUUCUAGCCAGGAUCGGUGUUUCGGGGAAUGCUUCGAGGGACAAUUUCCAGGUCAAACUAUCUAGGCUGUUGGGACCAUCCCCGUUUGAACCGGCGAUGGUGGCGAAGUGCUUUUUGGCAACUCUCCAUUCCUACGAUUCUCGGGCUUUCGCCACCCCUCGCCCCCCCCCUUGCUGCUAAUUACUCGACCUGGGGGCCGGGGAGGAGCGGAGACCACUUAUAUUAUUACAUAUACAUGUGUGUGUGUGUGUGUGUGUUUCCUUUGGAGUUUCGGGGACUUGCAGUCAUGGCGCUGGGAUUUUCGAUGGAUUUUGAUCGGAAAGGAGGAGAGUUGCAAGAUGAGGGUUUAUUGUUUCGAUUUAAGAGCCAAAAAUCGAGCGGCGUGAGAGGAGUGAGAGUGUGGCAACAUCGGGUAUGGUAAGGGGGCAACGGGCAUAUCUUUUUACGAUGAUACCUUCAUGUAUAUACGUGACGAUUUG